GAAGAACCAGAAUUUGAACGAAACAAAAAAAUUGUCUGGCAUAAAAGUGUUGAUCUCGUGCUCUCUCUCUCUCGUUCGAGUGCGAAAUUUAAAGUAAUUUAAGAAAAAAAAUUAUUAAUUGAAAGAAAUUCAAGGCGAAGCAGAAACGGCCGCCACAAUUGCUUCCCGAAUAUUUACAAACACGCUGGAGGGUCGAACCAUUGAAUAUCGGCCCGGCGGAGGGCUGGAUUACCACAACUCACCACUCAUGGCAGAAAUACCGGCAGGCGAAUAUACCUCACACAUCCAUCGGUCGAUCGAUCAGUUGCGUCAGAUGAACGAAAAAAAUGCGGUUUAUACGCUCGGCGCUUUAGCCGGGGGCACGACAGACCUCCGAUUGCACGAUUACAAGGCAUACACGGAUUUGCGUGCGAACGAACGCAUGGACUACUCCACGAAGGAUGACAGGCACAAUACCGCGGCGAAUAACAACAACAACAAUAUGCCGCAGAAUGGCGACCAAGUUGACCAAAAACCCUUCAUUGGAUCGUCGCCCGGCACACCGCCAACGCCGCUCUCAAUGACCGAACAACAAAUUAACGAUUCUAAGAUAUUUGCAUCGAAAGGUGACUUGCAGAUGCACUCGCAACUCCAUAUGCGUGAGUCGAAGCCCUACAAAUGCUCGCAAUGCGUAAAGUCGUUCGCCAAUUCGAGUUACUUGUCGCAACAUACGCGCAUCCAUUUGGGCAUCAAGCCGUACCGCUGCGAGAUUUGUCAGCGAAAAUUCACGCAAUUGUCGCAUUUGCAGCAACAUAUCCGAACGCACACGGGCGACAAGCCCUACAAAUGUCGCCAUGCCGGCUGCCCGAAGGCAUUUUCGCAACUUUCGAACUUGCAGUCGCAUUCGCGAUGCCAUCAAACGGACAAACCCUACAAAUGCAAUUCGUGCUACAAGUGUUUCGUGGAUGAAGCUGCCUUGCUGGAGCACAUUCCGAAGCACAAGGAGUCGAAACACUUGAAAACGCACAUUUGUCAGUAUUGCGGCAAAUCCUACACGCAAGAGACGUAUUUGGCGAAGCAUUUGCAGAAACAUUUGGAAAAGGAGGCGAAAAAAUCGGGAAUUUCGGGCAUCGCGGGCCUCAAUUUCAACAAUAAAAACUCCUCGAGUGCCGGCAACAACAACGGCAGCAGCACAAUCAACAAUGAGCACCCGUACUGGCCAAAAGUGAGUCCCGAUUCGGCAGCCAGUCUCGCCGAAGCGAUGCAACAGCAGCAACAAAGUCAAUACCAGGACUUUGCGUUGAGCCAACAGAACCACAAUGACCAUCGGGCGCACGAAAAUGGCGAAGAUCUCGUCGUAAUCAGUCGUCAGCAGCAACAAGCACAGCAGCAGCAGCAGCAACAACAGCAAGCGCAGCAACAACAAAACUUAGGCCAAACGAACCCACCAUCUGUGACAAGCAGCUCUGCAAACAGCUACGACACCGCCGCAAGCAUAACGAAAGUCACGACGCAAUCCGCUUUCACGCCGAUCCAGACGAUGGUGCCGCACCAACUCGCUCAACGCCCGUAUUUUUAUGAUGCCAUCAACUUCGGACAGAAGAACGGCAACCAAAGUGUGCCCAAUAGCAUCCCGAAUCAGUUCAUUUCGCUGCAUCAAAUCAGGAAUUUCGCACAUCAGCCGGGACUCAUGUCGGGCGAACAUCUUCUCGCGAUGGGCGUCGGCGCCGGCAUCAAAGACAAAGCUCAAUAAUACGGAAAAACCACAAAUAAUUAAUAAAUGGGGCACAAAAAGUAUUUUUGCGGUGAACAAUGGAUGAUAUCAGAACAGUACUUAAAGAAAAUUCUCAUAGUGCCAUUCAAAAAAAUUUAAAAAAAUACAAAACGGUGCAAUAAAUAUCGAAAAAUAUGCAAAUAACAAAAAAAUGAAUAUUCAUUAACUCAAAAAAAAAUCGGCAGCUAUUUAAAAAUAAUAAAAACCAAACAUUCACCGAAAACUCCUGUAAGCCCAUUCGAUCCGAUAUUUAUUGAUUGUACAAAUUAAAAAACAAAAAAGUAUAU